AGUCCGCCGCAUAGCAGCAGGCCCACCUCUGAGCGCCACCUCUGAGUUUGACCUCUGAGAAGGCAGGCAGGCAGGCAGGGAGGCAGGCAGGCAGGCCGGCCGAACGACCGACCGACCGGCCGGUUGUCCGCCUGCGCCGCCGGGCGACAUGGCCAACAGCUCGUUCAGCGGCGGCAAAGGCCGCGGCUCGGCCUACCGCGAGGCCGCCGAGUUCAGCUGCUCGCUCCAGGAGCUGCGCUCGCUCAUGGAGCUGCGGGGAGACGAGGCCCGCGACAGGAUCCGAAACAGCUAUCAGGAUGUCGACGGACUCUGCGCCAGACUCAGAACCUCCGCCCUCCAAGGUCUGGACGGUUCGUGGGAGGACCUGCAGCGCCGGCGCCAGGUGUUUGGCCCCAACGUGAUCCCCCCCAAGAAGCCAAAAACCUUUGUGCAGUUAGUGUGGGAGGCGCUGCAGGAUGUGACGCUCAUCAUCCUGGAAGUGGCCGCCAUCAUUUCACUUGGCCUUUCUUUCUACCAACCGCCGCACGCCGACAGAGACAGCUGCGGGCAAGCGGCCGCCGCCGGCGCGGGCGACGAGGGCGAGGCGGAGACGGGCUGGAUCGAGGGCGCCGCCAUCCUGCUCUCGGUGGCCUGCGUGGUGCUGGUGACGGCCUUCAACGACUGGAGCAAGGAGAAACAAUUCCGAGGCCUCCAGAGUCGCAUCGAGCAGGAGCAGAAGUUCAGCGUGCUGCGCGCCGGCCAGCUGGCGCAGGUCAAAGUGUCCGACAUGGUGGUGGGCGACAUCGCGCACGCCAAAUACGGCGACCUCCUCCCCACCGACGGCAUCCUCAUCCAGGGAAACGACCUGAAGAUGGACGAGAGCUCCCUGACCGGAGAGUCGGAGCACGUCAGGAAGAGCGUGGACAAAGAUCCCAUGUUGCUCUCAGGCACUCACGUGAUGGAGGGCUCGGGCAAGAUGCUGGUGACGGCGGUGGGCGUCAACUCCCAGACCGGCAUCAUCUUCACCUUGCUGGGCGCCGGCGACGAAGGCGGCGACGGAGACGACGACAAGGCCGAUAAGAAGAAGAAGAAGAAGAAGAAGAGGAGGGAGGAGCGCAAGAAGCAAGAGAAAAAGGAGAAGAGAAGGAAGAGCAAAGAUGGCCCCGGCGUGGAGAUGGAACCGCUCAACGAGGACGCCGAACCGGAGAAGAAGAAAAGCAACCUGCGCAAGAAGGAGAAGUCCGUCCUUCAGGGCAAGCUGACCAAGCUGGCCAUGCAGAUCGGCAAAGCGGGCCUCUUCAUGUCAACGCUGACCGUCAUCAUCCUCAUCGUUCGCUUCCUGGUGGACACCUUCUGGAUCCAGGGCAUUCCCUGGACCGCCGAGUGCCUGCCCAUCUACAUGAAGUUCUUGGUCAAGUUCUUCAUCAUCGGCGUGACCGUGCUGGUGGUGGCUGUGCCUGAAGGUCUCCCUCUGGCUGUCACCAUCUCCCUGGCCUACUCUGUCAAGAAAAUGAUGAAGGACAACAACCUGGUGCGCCACCUGGACGCCUGCGAGACCAUGGGCAACGCCACGGCCAUCUGCUCCGACAAGACGGGCACGCUGACCAUGAACCGCAUGACGGUGGUCCAGGCCUACCUGGCCGGCUGCUACCACAAGAAGGUGCCCGAGCCCGACCUGGUACCCGCCAAGAUCCUAGACCUGCUGGUUCUGGGGAUCGGGGUCAACUGCGCCUACACCACAAAGAUUAUGCCUCCCGACAAGGAGGGCGGUCUUCCCCGCCAGGUGGGCAACAAGACAGAAUGUGCCUUACUGGGUCUGAGCCUGGACCUGCGACGGGACUACCAGAGCAUUCGCGACGACAUCCCCGAGGAGAAGCUCUUCAAGGUGUACACCUUCAACUCGGUCAGGAAGUCCAUGAGCACCGUGCUCCGGAACCAGGACGGCAGCUACCGCAUGUUCAGCAAGGGAGCCUCGGAGAUCCUGCUCAGGAAGUGCUGCAAGAUCCUGACGGAGAACGGCGUGGCCAAAGCCUUCAAGCCUCGCGACCGGGAGAAACUGAUGAAGACGGCGAUCGAGCCCAUGGCGUCCCAAGGCCUGCGGACCAUCUGCCUGGCCUACCGGGACUUUGCCGCCGCCGACCGGCCCGACUGGGAAGACGAGGCCGACGUCCUCGCCGGGCUCACCUGCAUCGCCGUGGUCGGCAUCGAGGACCCCGUCAGACCCGAGGUGCCGGACGCCAUCAGGAAGUGCCAGCGGGCGGGCAUCACCGUGCGCAUGGUGACGGGAGACAACAUCAACACGGCGCGCGCCAUCGCCAGCAAGUGCGGCAUCCUGCAGCCCGGGGACGACUUCCUGUGCAUGGAGGGAAAAGAGUUCAACCGACGCAUACGCAACCAGCUGGGCGAGAUUGAGCAGGAGCGGAUCGACAAGAUCUGGCCCAAACUGCGCGUCCUGGCCCGCUCGUCGCCCACCGACAAACACACCCUCGUCAAAGGCAUCAUCGACAGCUCGGUGCUGGAGCAGAGGCAAGUCGUCGCCGUGACCGGAGACGGCACCAACGACGGGCCCGCCUUGAAAAAGGCCGACGUCGGCUUCGCCAUGGGCAUCGCCGGGACGGACGUGGCCAAGGAGGCGUCGGACAUCAUCUUGACGGACGACAACUUCAGCAGCAUCGUCAAGGCCGUCAUGUGGGGACGCAACGUCUACGACAGCAUCUCCAAGUUCCUGCAGUUCCAGCUCACCGUCAACGCGGUGGCCGUCAUCGUGGCCUUCACCGGCGCCUGCGUCACGCAGGACUCGCCCCUGAAGGCGGUGCAGAUGCUGUGGGUCAACCUGAUCAUGGACACGUUCGCCUCGCUGGCGCUGGCCACCGAGCCGCCCACCGAGGCGCUGCUGCUGCGCAGCCCCUACGGACGCAGCAAGCCGCUCAUCUCGCGCACCAUGAUGAAGAACAUCUUGGGACACGCCGUCUACCAGCUCACCGUCAUCUUCACGCUGCUCUUUGUGGGCGAGCUCCUGCUGGAUAUGGACUGCGGACGCAACGCGCCGCUGCACGCGCCGCCGUCCGAGCACUACACGGUGGUCUUCAACACCUUUGUGUUGAUGCAGAUCUUCAACGAGCUCAACGCCCGCAAGAUCCACGGCGAGAGGAACGUCUUUGACGGCGUCCUCAACAACCCCAUCUUCUGCACCAUUGUCGUGGGCACCUUUCUGGUUCAGGUGCUGAUCGUGCAGUUUGGCGGCAAGCCCUUGAGCUGCGUGAGCCUGAGCGUGGAGCAGUGGCUCUGGUGCAUCUUCCUGGGCUUGGGCAGCCUGCUGUGGGGACAGCUGGUUUCCAGCGUGCCCACCCGCUGGCUCAAGUUCCUGAAGACGGCGGGCCACGGCACCAAGCAGGAAGAGAUCCCCGAGGAGGAGCUGGAGGAGAUGAAGGACCCCGACGAGAUCGACCACGCCGAGAUGGAGCUGAGGAGGGGCCAGGUGCUCUGGUGCCGGGGGCUCCAGCGCAUACAGACGCAGGUGGCCGUUUCGGAAGCGCCGCCGUCAUCUUGUCAUCUGUUAGCCAACCGAUUGUCGUCCUCCAAAUUGAACGUGAGGCAUGACGCUUCCCCGCUUUCCCAGAUCCGCGUGGUGAACGCCUUCCGCGACAGCGUGUCCCCCUACGAGAACCUGGAGACCCCCGAGUCCCGCAGCUCCAUCCACAACUUCAUGAGCCACCCCGAGUUCCGCAUCGACGACUCGGAGCCUCACAUCCCGCUCAUCGACGAGCUGGAGGGCGAGGACGAGGCGCCCACCAAGCGCAACUCGGUGGCGGCGGUCCCCAACAACAGCCUGGGCGCCGCGGAGCCGGAGCGCCCCCUAGCCCAAGCCUCGCUCCUCAAGGACCAGCAGGGCCCUCCUCAGGCCAGGGCGGCGGCGGCGGCGGCGGCGGCGGCAGCGGCGGCUUUGGUCUCGGCCAAUUCCAAGGGGGGGCUGGCGCCCUGCCCCGGAAGCCCCCUGCACAGCCUGGAAACCUCGCUCUGA